AUGACGCACGCCGCCGCAGAGUACCGCAUCAAGCCCUCCAUCACCGAGAAGUGGAAGGAGUCGCGGGCGCGGGAGAUCAUGCGCGACGUCAUGGGCGAGAAGCUGCAGGGCGUGACGUACGACCCGGACAACACCAGCACGCUCGCCCGCGAAAUCGCCGACGAAAUCAAGCGCCGCCUCGCAGAGGAGGGUUGGCCGCGGUUCAAGCACGUGGUGCAGGUGGUGCUGGGGGAGCAGCGCGGGCAGGGGCUCAAGAUGGGCAGUCGGUGCUUCUGGGACGCGGACACGGACUCGCACGCGCAGGAGACCUUUACCAGCGAGUCCCUCUUCUGCGUCGCGGGGGCGUGGGGAAUCUAUUACUACUAG